AUGGCAUUGGUAUCGGCAGCUCCGUAUUUGGCCCUCCUAACGGAGCCGGACAACAACUUGAAAACUUAUGCGUUGUCGUCGUUGAACGAUGUUGUGGAUCAACUAUGGGCAGAGAUAGCAAACAACAUCACGGAGCUCGAGGAUUUGUUUGAAGACGAGUCGUUCCAGAAGCGAGCAUUGGCGGCGUUGGUGAUCUCCAAGGUAUACUACAACUUGGGCGAUUUCGACGCUUCGGUCAAGUACUCGCUCUUUGCUGGUGAAGAGUUCAACGUUGAAGAACAGUCUCAGUACAUGGAGACCAUUGUUAGCAAAUGCAUCAAUUUGUACAACACCUUGUCCCAGAAGAAGUUUAGCAACGGCGACGUCCAGAUAGAUGCCCGGUUGGAAGCAAUCUACGAGAAAAUGUUGGGCAAGUGUCUCAAGGCCAAUGAGGUCAAGUUGACUUUGGGGAUAGCGUUGGAGUCGUACAGGUUGGACUUGGUGGAGUCGAUAUUGAAGGACCAGAUUGAGCAGAACGAGGAAAACGGAUUGAGUUUGAUCAACUACGUGUUGGUGUGCACCAACUCGGCUAUCCCCAAUGCGAAUUUCAGAACCCAGGUGUUGAACUCGUUGAUUUCCUUUUUGUUGGAGUUGAAAAAACACCAGGAUUUCUUUACCAUCACCAAGAUUAUUGUCCAGUUGAGCGACUCGCAGUUGAGUACUAAGUUGUUCCAGGAGUUGGUGAAACAAGAAGAGGAGUUGAUUGCCUACCAAGUUGCCUUUGACUUGGUCCACACAGCGUCGCAGGACUUGUUGGAUGACGUAAUAGGCUCGUUAUCGUCGAGCAACGACGACACGCUCGACAAGAACUUGAUCACCAAAAAAGUCUUGAAUAUCCUUUCAGGGGUGCCUACAUGUGACUUUGACAAUACUUUUCUUUUCAGAAACAACAAUACCGACACCACCAUUUUGAACAAGACCAAGAACCUCUUGGACGGCAGAAGCUCGGUUUUCCACUCGGCAGUGACGUUUGCCAAUGCAUUUAUGCAUGCAGGCACCACCGACGAUUCUUUUUUCAGAAAGAAUUUAGAAUGGUUGGGCAGAGCAGCCAAUUGGUCGAAAUUUUCUGCCACGGCAGCACUCGGCGUCAUCCACAUGGGCAAUUUAUCUCAGGGUCUCACCAUUUUGAAACCAUAUUUGCCAACCUCGACCAGUGCGUCCCACACAAAAGGUGGUGCGUUAUUCGCAUUGGGCCUCAUCUUUGCUGGCCAUGGUAGAGAAGUGAUUGGAUACUUGAAAAAGUACAUUGACGAUAAUGGCAAUUCAGCUGGUUCGAAUGAUAUUGACAUCCAGCUCCAUGGUGCCGCUUUGGGUGCCGGCGUUGCUGAGAUGGGCUCGAAAAAGGAAGAUCUUUACGACUCUUUAAAGACGGUGCUUUACUCGGACUCUGCGAUUUCCUCACAAGCUGCAGCUUACGGGAUGGGUUUAGUUAAACUUGGAGCUGGAGACGAAGAAGCUACCCAUGAUAUGCUUACAUAUGCUUUAGAAACGCAACAUGAAAACAUUAUUCGCGCCUUGUCCAUUGGAAUCGCGUUGAUUCAAUAUGGCCGCGAAGACAAGGCCAACUUUGCCAUCGAUGAUUUGUUGCUGCAAGAGUCGUCCAUCUUGAGAUAUGGUGGUGCAUUCACCAUUGGUUUGGCUUUUGCUGGCACUGCCAAUUCGGAAGCCAUCAAGAAGCUUCUCCACUAUGCCGUAUCUGACCCUAGCGAUGAUGUGAGAAGGGCGUCGGUGUUGAAUUUGGGGUUUGUUUUGAUUCGCGACUAUACAGCAGCUCCACAGUUGGUUAAGUUAUUAUCCCAGUCUCAUAAUCCACACGUUAGAUAUGGUACCGCUUUGGCAUUAGGGAUAGCGUGUGCUGGUCGAGCAUACUCUCCCGCCAUUGAAGUGUUGGAGCCAUUGAUUAAAGAUCCGGUUGAUUUUGUUAGACAAGGGGCCAUGAUGGCCACUGCCAUGAUUUUGAUCCAGCAAAAUGAAUUUAUUUAUCCAAAAGUGAAGGAGUUUUCGGCGCAAUACGCGGACACGAUCAAGAAUAAACACGAGGAUGCCUUGGCCAAGUUUGGCGCUACAUUAUCGCAAGGUAUCAUAGAUGCUGGUGGAAGAAACGUCACCAUCAAUCUUGAAAACUCGCAAACAAACACGUUGAACACAAGGGCUAUUGUUGGAUUAGCGAUGUUUGCCCAAUCUUGGUACUGGUUCCCAUUAGCACACUUUUUGUCGUUGUCGUUUGCCCCCACAUCGAUUAUUGGCGUGAGAAGUGUUGAUUUGAAAAUACCCAAGUUUGAAUUAAACUGCCAUGCCAACCCUGAAUAUUUCCAGUAUCCGCCACAAGUGGAAGAGUCGAAGGAGAAGCAGCCUGACAAGUUGGCGACUGCCGUUUUGUCCACCACGCAAAAGGCCAAGACCAGAGCAAAGAAGAAACAGUCCAAGAAGGAUGCAGAUAAAAUGGAUGUGGAUGAGAAUAAAAAGGAGGCAUUGGAACCAAAUGGAGAUAAAGCUGGCACCGGGAAUGGCACCGAAAAGGAUACCACAAACUCGAGCACGAACAAGAACAAAAAAAGCGACGCCAAGGAUGAAGAUAAAAAAGAUGCACCACAGCUGCAACUGCCUGCCGUUGUACGUUACACCAAAAAUGCCUACAAGAUUGAAAACUUGUCUCGAGUGUUGCCGCAACAAGCCAACUUUGUUGCCUUUGCCAAAGAUGGACGGUUUGUUCCCGUGAGAAAAUACAGGGGCAAUGGCGGAAUCAUCGUGUUGCAAGAUACUAAACCCGACGAGCCCAUAGAAUUCAUCAAGACGGUGAGACAAUUAAACAUCACUGAAGCACCAUUACCAGAGCCAUUUACAUUGAGUGGGGAAGAUUUAGAGGAAGAUGACGAUGAAAGUGAUGAAUAG